AUGUUCUAAUCUUUUAAAAUAACGAGAAAACUUUAAAUAAACAUAGAUUCACCAAAAUCCAAUCCAAUUUUUCAUUCAGAAAGGAAUAUACUUAUAUCGACACCUUCUUUGAUAUAGAAACUUAAAUUAAAACCUAUUUAAGAAUUCUAAAUUAUUACAUAAGCAAAUAACCAUAUUUAAACGAAAUCAUCAAUUAAGAAUAACACUAUCAUUUAGUUAAAUGAUAAACCAGAUUAGAUGAAAUAAGUAUGUUAGAGACAGAAUUAAAAAAAAGUGAGUUUUAGUGAAAAAGUCCUUAUUAUUGAACCUUAAAAAGGUGUAAUAAAAAGAGAAAGAAUAUAAACCAAAGAUGAAGAGUAUAAUAUAACAAGAACAAGUAAAAGAAAAAAUUGCAUAUUAAUUCAUCCUUAAAAUAAAAUCUUAAAGACAUGCUAGUCUACUUUCAUUGAUUAGCUUUGA